CAGGCACUUCAUUACACCACUAUUAUUGGCAUUUUACCUACCAGUCGACCUUCAACACCUACCAGUCCCUCCCCUCCUCUCUAGGACAACACCUGAGCAUUCACAAUGGCUUUCGGUGGUGCUGCCCUGAAGUUCAUUGCUACGGCUUUGUACGCCCUGGAGUUUGGCUGUGCUGCAGUCAUUCUUGGAAUCUACUCAUACUUCCUCUCCGUCCAGGCUGAUCGCAAUGUUACUAUUCCCCGCUGGCAGCAAGCCGUAGAGGGUAUCUCUGGUGCGGCAGUCCUCUACACCAUCCUCGCCAUUGUCUUCACGUGUUGCCUGGGCGGCAAGACCUUCUUCGCGCUGCUCGGCUUGAUCCUCAACGCCCUGUUCUGCGGUGGUAUGAUCGCUAUCGCCGUUCUUACCCGCGACGGAGCCUCUAGCUGUACUGGUUACGUCGAGACUCCUCUUGGCAACGGCGCCAGCUCUUCCAAGGAGGGCUUUGGCAGCACCGACCAGGGCAACCAGAUUACCUACGCUGCCUCGCUCGGUACUACUUGCAGGCUCAACACCGCCUGCUUCGCCGUCGCCAUCAUCGGAGCCUUCCUCUUCCUCUUGUCCAUUCCCGUGCAGCUCUUCUUGGGCCGUCACCACAAGAAGGAGAAGCGCUUCGGCCCUGGCCCCACCAACAACUACACUGGUGGUUCCGGCCGCAAGUUCUGGCAGCGCAAGCAGCGCAACAAUGCGCUCCGCGAUCCUGAGGUCGCCGCCGUUCCGGUCACCAACAACGGUCACGCUGCUCUUGCUCCUGGUGCCCGUGAUUACCGCCCAAGCCAUGACACCCACAUGACUGGCUCCACUGUUGCUGCUCCUCACGGCACUGCUACCACCGGCCCGCUCGACAACCACGGCUACAACAAGCCUGUCUCCGGUGGAUUCCACACUGCGCCUCACGCUACUCCUGCUACCAACUACUAGAUGGUAGCUUGUGCAGCAGAGCUAUCAGGCUCUCACAUCCUGAUGGGUGUUGAAGGUUGACUGAAUCUUCAAACUGUACUAUUAUGACAAAUUAGCGAUUGAUACCAAUGAAUGGCUCAAUUUGGGCCUGUGGAGGACACAGAUUGGUGUACAUAUGACCUUACGAACCUAAUACUUAAUGAACAAACCUCAAACAA